CUCAGCCCGACACACACGCACACACACACACACACACUCACACACACACACACACACACACAGAGCUGCGCCCGUCAGCCGGAUCGCUGUUUACGCGGAGCAGGACCGGGACAGUCGUAGUAUCAUGGGCGAAAAAAGGGGAGGAAACUUGUGGAUCGUCCUGGCUUUGGCGCACGUCGCGGCUGUGGUCGCUCUUCCUCCCGGGCUUGAUGAUAACGCAGACCUCAAUCUGAGCUGUACCAAUGCUUUUGACGACGUGAUCAGCUGCCAUGUGGACCGAGAGGAGUGCUCUGGAUACAGCCUGACAGUCCGGAACGACCGCUGGGCCGAUGAGAAGAACUGCAGUUUGCGGCAGUGUGACGUCGGACGAUGUUGUUGCUCUGUGAGAAUGAUGCUUACCUUACGGGACACUCACACAGUUACAGUCUGGGGGAAAGGCAGAAGCAUGGAGUCCAAAAAGUUUGGUGUUUAUGAGAACAUGAAACCUAAAACUCCGACAAUCAAGUCAGUGAAAGAAUUCAAUGGAAACUUUGAAGUCCUGUGGGACACAAAGAUGCGAGGAAUUGCCAAGAAAAGCCUGACUGCAGAAGUGACUUACUACAAAGCACCAAACAUGACAAAGAAGCGCGUCCCCGCACCACCAGUCGAAGUUGACGGAUUGUCUUACUUUCAAAUACCGGGAAGUGAUUUAGAGCCCAAUACGACCUAUAUGGUCAGUGUGAGAAGCAAGACAAACUGGAGUGGCUUGAUGAGUGACAGCAGCAGCGAAUUUGAAUUCAAAACCCGAAAUGAUUCAAUCAUUCAUCAGCAAAGAGACGAUGAGGCUUCGUCGAGCUCACUGUUUCUGACUGUCAUCGUCAGUCUCAGCGUCGCUGCCAUCGUCCUCAGCGGUGUGAUAUACCUCUGCUUCGAUAGGUUGAAAAGAAAGUGGUGGGACAUCGACACCAAAUAUCCAAAUCUUGUCAUUAAGCAUUCAAGUGAGCAAGAGGUUUUGAGGCCUCUUCCAACCAUAAUCUCCUCUGUCUCAUUUGACCCCAUCAUUUCAGAUGACGGCAAGCAGUGGUCAAAGACGUCAGCGUUGGACUCGAGCGGUGGAAGUCUUCAGCACAGCAGUGGCAUCAGCACUGGAUCCUCAGAUCUCGGUUAUGCAAACACCGAACCAGCGAACAUUAUAGCCAGUGUUCAAGACGCCCUUUGUAAAAUAUUCCCCAACAUCAGCCCCGUGUCACAGCUGCCGUCUGCUCCUGAAGAAAGAAACAACAACAGAGAUUUACCGUCUCCUGCCGGUGAUCCGUGUGGCAAUCCAGCAAAUGAAAUGAGCUGUGGAUCAUCAGGCCUGAUAAAUAAAACUUAUUCCAUUCUUGUUCCACUUGAGAAAAACAGCCCUGAGGUUCACAUGCAGACUGAAAUCUCCUGUGAAUCUACGUACCGUCCUAAUGGGAGAGACGGGUUGGAUGAUCGUCACCAACAGCUACCUGUUGUGCCGGGUUCUGCGCAUGAACUCUUUAAUUUCCUGUCAGCAGGUUCAUCUUCUGUGGAAACGGAUCUGUCUUAUCAGCCGUGCAACCCAGAGUCUGGGACUUUUUCAGAUGGUUCCACCUAUUCUUCCUUCUCUCAUGGCGCCAACACCACCAUGUCCUCUGACCUUGAGAGCAGGGAUGGCAGUGGGUGCGGGAUUGUCGACGAAGCGGUCAGCGGUGCACCGAAACUGAACGGCAGUAAUGAAGGUUCACUCAUUACUGACACAGAAGCUUCCGGUAGCUCUGCUUCUGCCGACCCGCAGGGUGGGCUUUUUGUGGAAGAUGACUACCAGCCAUUUCAAAAUCUCGUGGGGCAGCGUGAUGUUCUGCUUUUGAAGCCAACAGGCCUUCAGCCUGAGAAAGGUUUGGACCGGCAGAAGGAGGACUCUUUGUCAAAGAUCCCCCAGAACCUCUUCGGCCCAACAAGUCCGGGCUCCAUCGAUCUUGCUCUGAGUGGCCAAGCACCUUUUCUUCCCUUUUUGUCUGCUCAACGGUUGCAGUCAGUGACUGUAGACAGUGACUAUCACUCUGUAUAGUUCAGAGACCAUGAUUUGGGGAUCAUGAUUCAUGUUGACACUUGAAAAAGCAACAGUUUUGGGAUCAUUUACUGCAGCUUGUUAUAUUUGCCAUGGCACAUUUAGGUUAUAUCUGCAUAAGUUUCACAUGCAUUAAGAUUUGAAAGGCAUUUUUAAUUACUUCUUGGUUGUUGUCAUUUAAAACCUUUUAGCACCUUGAAUUAUUUAUGUUGUAAAAUGUCAGCUGUAUAAAGUGUUUAGACAUAGUUGUGUUUUUUUUGUGUAUUGCAAGUGUUUGUAUUUUAAUAAAAGAUAUUUAUCGGUU